AUGCCGCAGCCUACCCGGGCCGCGGAGGGGCUGCUGCAGCUGCUGUGGCCCAUACGGUACCGGCACGUGUAUGUGCCGCUGGUUCCCGCCUCCCUUGUCGACCUGCUGGAUGCCCCCACGCCCUUCAUCAUGGGGCUCGGGGGGAGGUUGGGCGCGGGUUUCGCAGCGGAGGUGGCGGCGGCGGCGGCGGCGGCUGGCGGAGGUGGCGCCGGAGGCGGGUUUGGCGGCGACGGGGCGGCGGCUGUACGAGCAUAUGAGGCUGGGGUGGUAGUGGUGGAUUUGGACAGGGACUGGGUCUGCAGCUGUGCCGAUCUGGAGCGCUGUCUGGACCACCCCGCUGUACGACAGCUGCUGACGUGUCUGGCGGCGCUGCGUCUGGAGCCGGGUGGUAGUGGAGGAGGAGGCGGCAGGGCCAGCUUUGGCUGUACGGAGGCUGACCCUUGGAUGCCGUACGUGCGUACGGCGGCUAGCCGAGAUUGGGGUUCCGGUCACGACGCACUUGUACGGCGUCUCUUCCUGCGCCUCUUCGCCAGCUUAUUGCGGGUGGGGCUACCACGUGCAUCUGCCCGUCUCGUCUUCGUCUCCCCCGGGGGAUGCACCUUCCAUACGGAGUCCUUUCUGAAGGCCCAUUGCCAAUUGCAUGGGCCGCAGGCGAGGUCGCUUCCCGAGCAGCUGGUGCAGACCCAGGGCUUUUACAUGUUGCUCGACGAGUACGGCAGCAAGGAUCCGUACGGCUGGUACCGUACGGCAUCCACGGCAUGCAGGGAGGAGCUGGUCGCGGUGGGCCUGAGUGAUGUGAGCGACAGAGGGCGGCAGCCACCGGGCGGCACAAUCGCAGUACAGCGGCAGUGUCAGCAGCAGCGAGGACUGGAUGCCGCAGCACUGGGCGCUGACGGCGCCGCCGCCGCCGCCACCACGGCAGUGACGGCAGCGGCGGCGGCGGCGGCGACGCCUCUGAUCCUGAUUGGUAAGCCCGCUGAAGAGGAGGGCGACGGCGACGGCGGCGGCGACGGUGCCGCGGCGCCGCCACCAGCACCGCCGCCACCGCAGCUCGUCCAGUCGUACUGUCGGCCGUGUCCUCUGCUGCGGCGACGGAAUGCGCCCACGUAUAGCGAGAUCGGCUUCCAUACCUCCGUGGCGGCGGCGGCGGCAGCGCCGACGGCGGCGGCAACGGCGCUGCUCCAGGGUUGGCAACGGUACAUCUUACACCCGCCAGAUGCCGCCGCCAGUGCUGCAGCUGCAACGGUAGCCGCCGCCGACGCUGCCGCCGGCCGUUACGUCGCCGCCGACGCUGCAGCAUGUGGCGGCGGCAGGCCCGUUGGCGGCGACGCCGUUAGCGGCGCUGUUGUUGUUGUUGGCGGCGGCGGGGGAGCAGUGGCGGACCCGUCGUCACGAAAGCGGGCGCUAACUGGCAACCGCCGCAACCGUUCAUUGAGCGGCAGCCUCAGCGGCGAUGUGGCGGCCGCGCUGACUUCGGAGCUCGCAAAGCCCAGGUACCGCAUCUCGUCUUGCGAGGUGCCGACGCCCGCUGUCGGUGCCGCCAACGCCGCCGCCGCCGACGGAGGUGGCGGCGGCGGCGCCAGGCCCGCUUCCGCCACGUCUACAUCCUCGCCGACGAUGAGUGAAUUGCCGUCCACGUUGAAGUCCGCCGCCGCCGCCGUCGCCGCCGAAGCAAGCUCUAUCUCGGCGUCCUUUACGAACACUCUGAGCUCCAUAUCACAUAGCCUGCGAGUUGGCCGCAAGGCUUCGCCGACGGCGGCAGCGGUGGCGGCGGCAGCGGGCCGGACGGGUGCCGUACCUGCCGGCGGUGCCGGCGGCGGCGGCCCUGCCGCAGCAUCCACGGCAGGCCACGUGCUCGGACCCGUGCCCCACGGCCAUGGCCACGGCCAUCACUGCGCCGCCAACCACCAUAACCACCACAAUCAUCGCCACGUUGACCAUAAUCACAACCACCAUAACCACCACCACAUUAAAAAUCACCAACAUGGCGCGCAUGCCCACCUGGCGGCGGCCGGCUACGCAGCGGAGCAGGACCUUGUACGACAGCAGGUUACAGCUUUGACGCAGCUGCUCAGCUGGGGCGAACCUUCACCAUCGCCGCUGCCGCCGCCGCCGCCGCAGCACCAGCGACAGGCAAGCCGUGGAGGGCUACUACCGCCUCCGGCAUCGCCGGCGGCGGCGGCGCCACCGCCUCUUCCGCCCCCGUCCCCGACGGCGGCGGCGGCGGCGUCAUUAGCAACAGCUGCCACAGCCGGCGCCUGUCCUGUCUCCAAGGGCCGCCGCGGCGGCGUCCCCGAGCUCGAUACUGUGGAGCGCGUGCGGUCGCUACUGCGCCUUCAGACGUCUCCACCAGGCGAAGACUCUCCAACUGCGGCAGCUGCCAAGCGAGAACGUCCUCCGGGGUGUCACGGUGUCUGUGCCGGCAGUGGCGGCGGCAGUGGCGGCGGCCGCCGCCUGCAGCCCGCCGCAUACAGCGUCCUGACGGAUGUCUUUGACGAGCUUGUGAACGCCGCCGUACAAGAGGACGACUUCGGCAUUUUAAUAGAUGCUCUAGAGCUGUCUACGAGAUUGUACACGAUGGCAGGAGCUGUUCACGAGGCGGCGCCGAGUGGGGUUCCUGUCGGAGCGGAGAUCACCGGGGGCCAUGCCAGCGGCGGCGGCGGCGGCGGCGGCAGCUGUACGGCACAUCCCAUGUCUCGUGAGUCGCUCCGGCGGCAACGAGUUUUCCUCAAGGGCGUCCAACGCAUCCUUAGCUCGCUGGCGACCUGGCUGUCGUACUUGGGGGUGGCGGAGGAGGCCGCAUGGGAGCUUCUGUCUGGGUUAGUGACCGCGUCGGGUGUACGACAGCUGACAGGCAUGGCCUCACGGGAAGACGACCAUCCGGAUCAUGUUGAACGUGAGGGCCGUACUGCGCGGAGCCGUGUGCAGCCGCUUUCAGCGGGCCCUUGGGAUUACCGGCCGCUAGGUACGGCAGCGGCGAUGGCGGUGCCGUACAGCCGUCAGCACCAUUGGCCCGUCGCCGGAGGGUACCGACCAGCGCUGCCCGCGGCGCCGUACGAGCCGUUGUCGCGGUCGCUGUCGGCGGCAGCAGACUGGGCCGCUAUUGUGCCGCCGCCGCCCAUGUCGCCGGCGAUGGCGGCGACGGUGACAGUGGCAACGCCGCAGCGGCGCCAAGACGGGUUGACUGUGGGGCAGCUACAGCCGCGGCGGCGGCGGCGAGGGGGUCUACUUGAGUCGUCGCCGCCGCCGCCGUCGCCGCUACAGCAGCAGCCGUACUGUGAGGCUCUUGGAGGGCUUUCGCCGUCGCGGAGCCUGUCUGACGCGCAGCGUGGUGGCCGUGGAGGUAUGGGUGGCGUAGGCGGAGCCGACCCGCGGGUCGGUAGGCCAGCUCCUCCAUUGACGCCUCCGUUCGCAGCCGCAGUAGCAGCAGCCGCGGUGGCGGCAGCGGCAUGUACUGGAGACGGCACGUUUGAGGGGUUGGCCGGAAUCACCUCCCCACUCUCCAUGGCAUUCUCCAGCGCCAGCCCCUCGGCGAAGCGGCGACCAGCCAGCGGGACUUCCCCGGGACCGCUGAGCCCCAACGCCAACGUCGCCGCCGGCGGCGGUGGCGGGUACGUUGGCGGGGGCGGCGGCAGCAGGCUCCGGAGCACCACUGGCGGCGGCGCGAGUAGGGCCUACAGCGCCAAGUACGAGCGGCAGCUCGCGGCUGCCGCUGCCGCGGCGGCGGCGUCGCCGAGUAGGCCUUCGUUUACCAGUCUGGGCGGCAAGCCCCAGGGAAGAUCAUUGGGGCCGUCGGGGCCUAGGCAGCAGCAGCAGCAGCAGCAGGCACCGCCGCCGCCACAGCAGCAGCAGCAGCGGAGAUACGACACAGAGAGUCACAGGACAGGGCUGCCGUACGACAGGCGCCGGAUGGCUUCAGCCCCGGGAGGAAUCACCGGGGGGGAGGGCCCCGCCGCCGCCGCCACAUGCGCACUGGCGGUGGGCAGCGGCGGCCCCAUUGUGGCGCUGGCGGCCGCCUCCGGGGUGGUGUUGGCGGGCCCCCUGGAGCGGUCCUGCUUCGUGCUGACGUACCAGCAGUACGGCACGGGUCUCCAGGUCAGCGCCAAGAUGCCCCUGUGCCAUUUAGAUGGGGCUUAUGCGGACAGACUAGACAUUACGCCGGAUGGCUGUACCGCAGCUAUGUCGGUGGCGCCGCUGCCGCCGCUGCCGCCGCUGCCGCCGCCGCCAUGGGGCGCCUCGAGUGCUGCUACUGCCGCUGCAACUGGUGGUGACGGCCUCGGCUGCGGGCCGCGUUCCCGAGUUCUCGGCUUGGUUGAUGUUGGCGCGGGUCGCAUCGUUCGGGAGUUGCGGCCGGGUAUGUGGGGGGGGGAGUCCGGAAGGGGGAGCGUCCGCCACUGCCGUACACCGACGGCAGUCCUGACGGGGCACGGCGCCGCCGUCACUGCACUGCACGUGCAUCACCAUCAUAAGAGCUUCAACCCCACAGCCGUCAACGCUGCUGCUGCUGGCGGUGUUAGUGGCGGUGUUGAGGACGUCACUGGCGGCGCCGUCAUCUACUCGGGGGCUCUGGACGGCAGCAUCGGCGCCUGGACGGCGGAUGGUCGCUGCCUGCAGCUGUUGCCGAGCCGCCACCGGGGGGCGGUCACAUUGCUGGCGGCGGCAUCAGCACCAACACCAACACCAGCACGGUCGCCUCUGCUAGGCACCGCCGGCUUCACCUCCACGCAUCCUCCUGCCGCUUCGGUUACCGGAGCCCCCGGGACUCCUGCUGCUCCAGCCGAGCGGCUGUCGUCGGCGACUGCGGUGUCGGGUGGCGGGUUCGAACAGGCGACCUCCCGAGGAGAUUAUUACGACAGGUUGUCCCUGGUUACUUCUGCUGCAGAUGGCUCAGCGGGUCUUUGGGCCCUGACCCGCGGGUCACUAGGGUAUUCGCCGCUUCUGGAUUGGAGCGAGACGGGCUCCUUGGCGCGUGUGGCGGCGUGGGAUGCAGCGCGAGGCGUGCUGCUUCGUGGAGAUGAGCGUGGGGUCGUGCGGACGUGGGCGCCGGGGAUGUAG